AUGUUUCAAUCAUUACUUUAUCAGUUCAAACUGAGGUUCAGAAUGAUCAAUCCAUUUGACAUUAAAUAAGAAUUUAAAUUUUUGAACACUACUCAAUAAUAAUGUACAUUGCAUUCCAAAGAAUAAUUAAAUGAAUCCACUUAUCUAAUGAGAUUUGCAAUUCCACAAUAAGAUAAAUGCCUAGGUACCAGAAUUGGACAAUAUAUUUCAUUAAAUGAUCCUAAAUUUGAUAUCAACACUACGAGAUAUUAUUGUCCUAUUUCAAGAAUUGAUGAUGUAGGAAUGUUUGAUUUAUUGGUUCAUGCCAUUUACGCCGAAAAUAAGAACUUUUCUACCCACAUCACAACAUUAAAUGAAGGGCAUAUUCUAAAUAUUAAUGGGCCUUUUACCAAUUACCUUUAUCAUGGUUAUGGUGCUAUUGAAGUCCCUAAAUAUAAUAUCAAUUCAAAUUACUAAUAUAUUGGAAUAGUUGCAGAGUCUUCUGCUAUUGCAGCCUUUUUCUAAUUGAUAGAGGGCAUAGCUACCAAUGGCGAUAAUACUCAUAUAGGAUUGCUCUAUGUAGCUGACACUCUAGAAGAACUAGUUUUGAUGGAGGAACUAAUGUGGUACAUGGAAGAGAAAAAGAUAAAUGCUACAUUUAUGUUGAGAAAUGAAAAAGACCUAAUUAAUAAGUUUUUUAGUGGUCCCAAGGGCUAAUUAAACCCCAUUUAUUUGGAAUAGUAUUUGCCACAACCUAGUGAUUAAACUUUAGUUCUUGUGUGUGGGAGCAGGGCAUUUAAAAAAGAAACAAAAACCCUAUUAGAAAACAUCAAUCACCAAAAUAUAGCUAUAAUUUGAUUAUAUUAUUAAAUGUUAAUAUUAUAUUAUACAAUUUUUUAUGUUAAA